AUGCCAAUAAUCGAGAGAUAUGAGUUGAAGAAAUAUUUACCUUUGAACACAAGUGAUGUUGAAGAAAAGCAGCAAAAGCAAGUUUUCGAUGAUGAAGAGUCGCAUAGUAAUAUUAACGACACACAAACUUCACGAUGGCGAACCAAAGAAUUUUACUUUUACUACAUGUGUAUGGCUGUGGUAAUACCUUACAUGUUUUAUACUGGAAAUGAAAUUAGCCAAGCGAAUCAUCCCAAUUACAAUCAAUACAAUCAUUUGUUGUCAGAUGGAUGGAUAUUUGAACGAAAGAUUGAUAACAGUGAUCUACAAUAUGCCAGUUUCCGUCAGCAGUUCCCUCUAUUAUCGUCAUUCGCCAUUGUCUAUAUCAUUUUGAGUCGUCUCUUUGAACAUAUAGUAUCGGAAAAAACAGCAGAUGUGGGCCAAAGGAAAAAGCGAUACUUUUAUUUGAUCAGCUCUGUUGUAUCACUGAUUGUACUACAUGGUAUUCAUUGCAUCAAAAUAUGGCUGAUUGUUUCAAUCAGUUACUGUAUCAAUUCUAUAACCAAACAGAAACGGUGUUGGAAUCCUGCUCUGAGCUGGGCAUUUAACAUCAUGGUUUUAUUUUUGAACGAGUAUUACAACGGCUAUUCAUUUGAAAGUAUUCAUAAGAAACUAGCUAUAUUAGAUUCUAACAGUUAUUAUAGCGGCCUAUUGCCUCGGUGGCAUGUUUUCUUCAAUUUCACAAUGUUGCGACUAAUCUCGUUCAAUAUGGAUUAUUUCUGGUCGCGUAAGGUUUCCUCAGAUCAGCAGCAGCAGCCACACACACACACCACAUCCUUUCCAACGGAUAAAGAACGAAUCACAACAUCUUGCUUACCCAGCGAUUACAAUUACAGCAAUUAUAUUAUGUACAUAUUUUAUAUACCUCUUUAUCUUUGUGGACCCAUCAUUACUUACAACGACUUUAUAAGCCAAGUGUUUUACAUUAUACCCAACAGCAGACAGAUUCAGGGCAGCAAAAUCAGCUCUAAAUAUAUUUUACUUUACUUCAUUCGAUUCUUAUUCGCUUUAUUACUUAUGGAAGUUAUGCUACACUAUUUGUAUGUAGUGGCUAUCUCGAAAUCAGAUAUUCUUUCAGCAUCUACAAGUUCUGCGGUGACAAGCAUUCAUUACACACCUUUUGAAAUCAGUAUGAUUGGUUAUUUUAACCUUGUUAUUAUAUGGCUAAAGCUUUUGAUAAUGUGGCGCUUCUUUCGUUUAUGGGCUUUAUUUGAUGGUAUCUGGACUGAGGAGAACAUGAUUCGUUGCAUGAGUAACAACUUCUCAGCACAACGUUUUUGGAAGAGUUGGCACCGCAGUUUCAAUCGCUGGAUUAUACGAUAUAUCUAUGUGCCAUUAGGAGGAUCGAAGAAUUUAAUAUGGAACAGUUGGAUAGUAUUUACAUUUGUCGCAAUUUGGCAUGAUAUAGAAUUGAAAUUGCUAGCUUGGGGAUGGUUGAUAUGUUUAUUCCUGGUACCUGAAAUUGUCGGAUCCAAGGUCUUUACGUACAAAAAGUUUGGCCAUACUUGGUACUAUCGCUUUGUCUGUGGUUUAUGCGGUGCGCUCAAUGUUUUACUGAUGAUGACUGCAAAUUUGGUCGGCUUCUGUCUUGGUUUGGAUGGUAUUAAAUAUAUGUGGUUAGAGAUUAUCGGUUCGUUAGACGGCCUUAUUUUCCUAUUUCUCACCAUUGCCUGCCUUUAUAUUGCUGUACAAGUCAUGUUCGAGAUUAGGCAAUCAGAGAAAAGAAGAGGCGAUCCUAAAUGGACAAUGUAA